UCACAACUUCACCCAUCGUCGAGAGAUUCGUGACAAACAGCAGAAGCAGCCAACGCAGCAGCAGAACCUCAACAACCCAGACACAGCGAAGCAAGCAAGCAAGAAGCAAGCAAGCCAUGAUGAGCGACACGGACGCUGGCGCAGAGGAGGCAACAGGAACAGCAACAGCACCCAUCACCAGCGCUGCGACGGUGGUGAACGUGCUGCUCGUUGACUUCCACCACAAGUUUGGUCCUGUCGUGGAGUACUCCAUCAACCCAAUUGCAGGCGAAACGGCAAGGGAUGGCAAAGUGAAGUUGCCAGACGAAUGGAAGCAUCUGCCCUUUCUCGCACUCCCUGAUGGUUUGCACAACCACGAGGAAGACGUCACUUACUUCACGCUCCCAGCUCUUUGUGAGGCCAGCGGUGAUGACGGUGUCAAGGGCGACGAUACAAAUGCUGAUGCCCCUGGUGAGCUGCUGCAGCAACAGCAACGGCCUCGCGUGUAUGGUGUUGCAGUCUCCCGGCAGAUACAAACGCAAGACCUGCAAACAUCUGACGCUCAUGUGACGCGAAACACCGUGCUCAAGGCCAUAUGCGUCAUCUCCACAACGCCCGCAUUCACCACCAUCACAAACGCCCUCAGGCCGUGCACGUCGGUUCUGUUUGAUCAGCGUGACUUUACGAACAAGGCCAUCCUUCACGACCUCGAAGCCAGCCUCAACAGGUCCCUCGCAAGCUCAACCAUCGCCGACAUUGUCGCAACACAAGACUUUGGGCUGACGGAGUGGCUGUAUCGGCUGCGCUACGUGCUGAUGCAAGUGUACAAGCUCAUGCUGCUGCAGAAGAAGAUCCUGGUGUGCGACACCUCUGGAGCAACGCCGGCGUCGUCGUUGUCGCGUCUUGCGCUCGCGCUCGCAUCACUACUGCCCGGUGCUCUUGACGGUGCAACGACGCAGACGACAACAGCAUCGAGGGCUGCGAAGGCGAAGAACCAAGGCGACAAUGGCAGUCACGCACCGCCGAUGCAAGCACCCUCCUCCUCCUCCUCCUCCUCGUCGUCGUCGUCGACGACGCGAUCACAGCUGUCUGAUGAAAUGACGGCACUGCUUGAGGCGAGCAUUGCUGCAUUUACACAUCAGCAGGAGCAGGUCUGGCUGGAGACGGGCGAGAUGCAGCGAACAAUGCAGUCACCAUCGUCAACACCAUCAUCAUCAACACCAUCACAACAGCAGCACGGGCGCCAAGGGGGGCAGGUUGUUCAGGCGGCAGAGGGCAGUGAUGAUCGCAGUGGCGAUGAUGAAGAUGAUGUGCUGUCGUCGUUUUCAUCGCGCGUGCGCCGCAUGAACGUGCGACUGCUGUGUCCAUAUCCUGGCCUGCUUCGUCUCUUCCCACACGCCUGCCUCCAACAAGCAGACGAGUUGCGAGGGUCGCACUUCCUGGCGUGCCCGACGAACAUGAUGAUGGUGCGGUCCGACUUCCUCCACCCCGAUGUUGUCCUUGACCUCAGCAAGAAGCCAACGCUCAAGUUCAUGGAGCCAGGCUUGAAGGCAAAAGCGUCACUCUCAACACCCGAUCUCAGAUUCAUUGACCAGCUUGUCUCGUCCGUUCGCAAGCGCGAAGUGGGGAGCAGCGGUGACGGGGAGAGCGGGUACGCUGGUGGAGACGAGCACAUCCGCCACAGUUUCCACACGUAUCUGCUGCAGGCCGCCAUCUGUGCCGACACCGCCCGUGCACACGCGACCAAGGCCAACCUGGACAGGCUGGCAGACUUCAACUGGGACUGGUUCGCGGCGUGGCGCAGCACAGUUCCAUAUGCGCGGUGGUGCCACUACUCGGACGCGGUGCUCAGCGUGUACCACCUGCGCCCAUGUGACCUCGAGGCGUCGCGCUUGCACGUGUGUGCGGGCGCACUGCAGGUGGCAGAUGUUGGGCGCAGGUUCAGGCAGCUCACGACCACACAACUCGGUGCUGAGCGCACUGAGGCGGCCUCGCAGCGCUUUCGAGCAACUGUCGACCAGAGCGAGAAGGCGCUUAGCGAGGCGUACGAGGCAAGCAAGAAGGGGAUUGCGUCUGCUGUGAGCUCCAUCCGUUCGUGGUGGGGAAGUGUGUCGAACCAACAACGCCCAGCCCCAAGUGCCACAGCCUCGUCGCAACAGCAGUCUCAAACGCGUGCCAAGCAACUCUCAGAUGACGCCUCUGAACAUGGCGAGAGUCACGCAUGACAUACGGUCGCAAGGGACAACCGACACUUACCACACACACACACACACACACACACUCUCUCUCUCUCUCUCUCUCUCUCUCUCUCUCUCUCAUAUGGCCUUGGCACAUCUUGUCACUUUCGAGGUUGUGCUAGUUGUUGUUGUGUCUCACGUUGUAUUGUCUCGCAUGGGACUGUUCCCUCUCCCUUUCCCAAAGGAGGAUUAAAGAACAAGAAGAAC